AUGGGCGGUGACGCACAACCUGAACCUAAUUCCGGUACUAAGAGUUGGAAAAUCUUCCUAAAAAACUUUCUUAUACCAACCUCCCUGACAUGGCACAGGGAUGAGAGCAAUAAGGAGCCGACAAAUGACGCAAAUAUCCGAAAUAUUAUCUUGGUGGCGGCUGCUUUGAUUGCUGCGGUGACCUUUCAAGCUGGAGUCACUCCUCCUGGUGGAGUUUGGCAAGAUGAUGGCAAAGGACACGUCCCGGGAGUUUCUAUAUUCUCUUCUCGAAGGGUACCCUAUUAUUUUUUCUUGACAUGUAAUACACUGGCCUUUUCCUCCUCAACCUUUCUCUUACUAUCCCUUACUUUUGGGUACCCUUUCUUCUUAGAAGUUUUAGUUGCCACUUUUGCAAUGGCUGGGACUUAUGCAGCUGCUAUUUUUUGCGUUACACCAUAUGAACCCAAGUGGUUUCGUCUCAUCUCUAUGGUAGCAGCUGUGCCUUACAUUCUAAGGGGGCUAGUCUAUUACUUUUCCUUCGGGCCCAGCGCCGAGGCCGAGGCCGAGGCCGAAGCCUAG